AUGGAGGAUGAAGUGGAGGAGAACCAGCAACAACUUCAGAUCAUGAAUCAGGAACAUGGCAUUAAAAAACUGAUGACCAAUAAGGAGCUAUCAGAACUACAGAAUGAGUUAGAGGCUCUCAAAGAUAUGAACAAGCAGGCUGAGAUUUCACUGCUAAUGGAACAAGGCCAGUCCAGAGAAAAGGUGGAGGAAGUGGGAAGUAUCCUCAUGUCCAUUAACAAUUUGGCAGAGCGGUGUUAUCUUCCCACAUAUGGAGCACUCCAAGACAUAAAUGUUGUAAAAAUGAUGGACAUGGUGGAGGGAAUGGAGGAGGUGAAGCGACAGUUCGGGCAGCACAUCGCCGUGGAGCCUGAAUGGGAGGCCGGCUUUUCUCUCCAGAUCCAGCUGCGCCACAUUCUGACCAUGUUUCAGGACUGGUGCUCCUCUGACGAGGAGAUCUUGCUGCUCACCUUUAAAGAGUGCCACAGAGCCCUGAUGCAGUGCACUAAUCAGCCGUUUCGUCGGGAGGCCUCAGAUUACUACAUGUGUAAACACAUUCUCCACGUGCGCCCCUACAAAGUGUCUCAGGAGCCAGUCAGCAUUCACCUCCCCAUUUCCAGGCUGUUAGCUGGUCUUUAUGUACUUAUGUGUAGAACUGGUGCAAUUGAGCGACUGCAAAACCCUGAGAGUUAUGACUUUGCUCAGCUGGUGGAGUUGCCCCUACGCUGUGUGGUGUUAGCUGCCCAAGUCUCUGCUGAAAUGUGGAGGAGAAAUGGACUGUCCUUGGUCAGCCAGGUUUAUUACUAUCAAGAUGUGAAAUGCAGAGAUGAGAUGUACGACAAGGACAUCCUCAUGUUGCAAAUCGCUGCUUCCAAAAUGGAGCCUAAUCACUUCCUCAUGCUCAUACUAUUAAGAUUUGAACUGUUUGAUUUGUUUAAUGGGAGUCAUUCAGGAAGAGAUCAGGAUGAACUGAUUCACCUCAAUCGUUUGACAGAGGAAAUGCUCUACCUCCUGAUUGUCAUAGUUGGUGAACGCUAUAUUCCUGGGAUUAGCCAUGUCACCAAAGAAGACGUGACCAUGAGGGAGGUCAUCCACCUGCUAUGCAUCGAGCCUAUGGCCCACAGCAGUCUGGUCAAAGGCCUUCCAGAAAAUGAGAGCCACGAAACAGGACUGGAGAGUGUUAUUACCAAAGUUGCUACCUUCAAAAAACCAGGGGUGUCAGGUCAUGGCUUGUAUGAAGUUAAAAAGGAGCGUCUGGAAGAGUUUAACCCAUUCUUCUACCAUUAUUCACGAUCACAGCACAGCAAGGCUGAAGAGUCUCAGAAGAAAAGGAGAGCCCAAGAGGGUAGUGAUAAAGCUCUCCGCCCCCCUUUGCCCCCCGCCUUCUGCCCGGACUUUGCCAGUGUGGUGCGCCUGCUCUGCUGCGACAUCAUCAUCCACAUCCUCAGACGAGUUCUGCAAAAGGCCGCGGAGGAGAAGACCACCCACUGGACCGAGGCCAUGAUCCAGAGGGCACUGCACCUCAUAGGACAGGCUUUGCUGGAAGAGAAGACCCAGCUUGAAGACAGCACAGUGGAAGAAGUAACCUUUGAUUUCAGUUUAAAGGCUCGCAUUAUAGGUUCAGAACAUGACAAAUCAGUGUUUCUAUUGCUGUCAAAGAUUAAAUCGGUGCCCUCUCUCGAAGCGCAAAAGGACAUGAUCAAAUGGUUGUUACAGAUGUUUGAAAUUGUCAAGUGUCUUCGGGAAAAGUCCAGUCCGGCAGCUUCCAUGAGUGUGGAGACAGCUAAACCUGAGGAGAGUGUUCAAGACAAAGAGAAAGCUGAAAGGAAGAGGAAGGCUGAGGCUGCUAAACUCCACCGACAGAAGAUAAUGGCCCAGAUGUCAGCGAUGCAGAAAAACUUCAUUGAAUCAAACAAAAUGCUCUAUGACAAUAUGCCCGAGAGUGGCCUACAGGGGGAGCCUGUUACUGCUAGUGAAAGCUCUACAAACAAUCAGAUGGAGCUCUGUGUAGCCAUCGGGCCCCAUCGAGGGCCCACCCCAGCGGAGAGGGAGGUGCUGACAUGUAUCCUGUGUCAGGAGGAGCAGGAGGUGACCACCCAGGCUCCAGCCAUGGUCCUGACCGCCUGUGUGCAGAGGUCCACUGUGCUCACCCAGUGCAGAGGCAAGCUCCCCGCAGCCCAGACAACAGAUGAUGGAUCAUCCUAUCCACUCUUAAUGCCUCCUGAAUUGGCAGUGGGGACUCACACCGGCAGCUGUGGACAUGUCAUGCACGCCACAUGCUGGCAGAAAUAUUUUGAAGCGGUGCAGAACACGACGAGGAACAGGCUACACGCAGAGCUGAUUUUUGACCUGGAGAAUGGAGAAUACCUAUGUCCACUCUGCAAGUCUCUGUGUAACACUGUAGUCCCUCUCAUCCCACUGGAACAGCUCACAUUCAACUAUGAAAAUGCAGAGUUAAUUGGACAACAUUUAACAAUGCCACGCUGGAUCCAAGUCAUAGGAGCCAGGGUUAAUGGACUCAAGUCUGUCACUCAGGAUAAUGAUAAUAAAAGCCCUGAUGAGGACAGAGGCUUCAGUGGAGAGGUCCAACCUGAUUUUAGAUCUAUUCUGAGCUAUGGAGUCCAGGAGCCGAGGAGGUUUUCAGACAGCAUCAGCGAUAUGAUCGUAGUGUGUGCCACCACGGUGUACAGAGUUGGACUGCAGACCCCACCCAACGAGCUGUGUCCACGUGUGCCCCUGAUGACCUGGAACACCUGUGCCUUCACUAUCCAAGCCAUAGAGAAUAUUUUGCAAGAAGAGGGCAAGCCACUGUUUGGGUCAUUACAAAACCGCCAGUUGGCGGGUCUAAAGGCCAUUGUGCAGUUUGCUGCUACUCAGAGGAUAAAGAGCUCUCAGGCUGUGAUCCAGAGGCACUUUGCGGACAUGUUAGGAGUGUUGCUUCCAGCCAUGAGCAGAAACACACCCUCAAUUGUGGAGGUGGACUUCUUCCAUCUUUUAGUGGGCCUGGUGCUGUCUGUGCCCUCCCUGUAUCAGGAGGAGACCGUAGACUUGCAGCCCUCUGCUGUGAGCUCAGCCUAUAACCACCUGUACAUCCUCCACCUGGUGACUAUGGCCCACAUGCUGCAGGUCCUCUUCAUUUCCACAGAUUUCCCCGCUGUGGCUGGUGAAGAUGAUACAGAGGAGGCUAAAGCAGCAGCAGAGUGGUACUCUAUGGUGUCACAAUACACCAAAAGACCAGUGUCCGAGGUGUCCGGCAGUGCUGUGGCUGAGCGAAUCAAAAGAGGGAUCGAGCCUUUCCUGAGAUGUGCUGCGCUCUUCUUUAACUGCCUUACGGGAGUGCACCCGCCAGAGGAGCUCUUUACAACUGCAGUUACAUCUCAGGGACAAUUGGAGCCACUGUGCAGUUACCUGGCACUACCCUCCAAUGUGUUCCAGCUGUUUCAGGAGCAUCGAGACACUGUCAUGCCACUGCUCCAGAGGUGGAGUGAGAGCCCUGUUGUUUCCAAAGCUCUAAAAGGCAAACUACAAACAGUGAGAUACCCAAGGAGAAGAAAUCGUUUGAUUGACCUGCCUGAUGAUUACAGCGCUCUCCUCAACCAAGCCAGCCAUUUUCAAUGUCCAAAGUCCACGGACGACGAGAGGAAGCACCCCACCCUGUGCCUGUGCUGUGGGGCCAUGCUGUGCUCCCUCAGCUCCUGCUGCUUGAGUCAGAUGGAUGGAGAGGAUGUGGGAGCCUGCACUGCCCACGCUGCCACCUGUGGGGCUGGGGUGGGCAUGUUUCUCAGAAUAAGAGAAUGUGAAAUUGUCCUGAGGGCCAGUAAAACAAGAGGAAGCACAUAUCCUGCGCCAUAUCUGGAUGACUAUGGGGAGACCGAUCCUCACCUUAUGAGAGGCAACCCAUUGCACCUGUGCCCAGAGCGCUAUAAAAAGCUGAAGCAGCUGUGGCAGCAGCACUGUAUCCUGGAGGAGAUCGCCCGCAGCCUGGAGGUGGUGAAUGUCAUGUUUGCUUUUGAGUGGCAGAUGUUGUGAUGAGUCCCACUGAUGUGGAGAAAGGAGUCCCACAGCCAUAGAGCACAGGCUGCUCCAGUGCUGCAGAGCACAUGCACUGAUGCACACACACACCACCAAUCAACAGCCCUGCUCCUGUCAGACAGGGCCAGGCACCCGCCCCCAUCUGCCCCAGAGGAGGUCCAGACAUCAGGCUGGACAGAGGAGGACCCAGCAGUAAUGGAGGGUAACCCAAGUUGCCUUUUUAAAAAAGCUUUUCUGCAAAGAGGCUCAUUCAAAUAUAGACCUGCAUUAUACACGCCCAUCCUUCAGUUCCUGUUUUCUGAUCUCUGGUAUUUCGUGAUGCUGUGAAUCUCCUGCAUUGUCCUCCAUGUUUGAAAAUAUGAUUUGUCAUAUUAUAAGUUAAUUGAUGUUACAUUUUGAAAGAUUUAUUGCUGCUUUAGCCUGUUACAAUUGAUUCAGAUUUGAGCAAUAGCAUACGUUAAUUCUAUUAUAUAAAUGCUUAUAGCAAGCCAGUUAAAGGUUUGGAAAUAUUUUUCAAGAGCUUCAGAAUUAAGUGCCAUUUUGGCUGAAAUCUGUACUGUAACCACAUGGUUAUUAUUGAUCCUUGGAGACCAGGCUAAUGUAUUCUUUCUAUCACACGUUGAGAUGUGCUUUACCUCUGUAUCAUCAGCAUGUAUUAUUGGGAAGCACUUGUUGUUAUGAUUUGAUCAUGGUGUAUGGACGCAUUAACUCAAUUAUAACUCGGUUAUUCCACUUCUGGUCAGUUUAUUUAUUUACGUAAAAAGCUGACGAUUGCACACAAAUCUUUCUUUUUUCCAAGCAUUGGAGUUUUGUUUUCGUCAUAAUUGCAAACAUGUCAUGACUUCCAGGCAACUGAAAAAUAAUAAAGACCUAAACCUAUACACA